UUAAGUUUUACUGGUCGUUCACCCAAAAAACCAAAAGUUCUACUGGUCUAGGGCUCUCUCCACUGCCUCGUCGUCCCGUCGUCCAUCUGAUCUCUAUCCCUAAUAAAAAGAAAAAGAGGUCCCCACAAGAAAGAAGAAAGGUGCUCCAUCCCCCCUCCGCUCAUUUUAGAGAGGGAGAAUGCCAGAGUGACACGGGAAGGCGGCCACAUACCCCCAAAAAGCAUCAUUGACCUAAUACUGGAACUGUGAGUUGAUUCUUACAACGCAGAGGCAGAGCGAGGGAGAGACUCAGAGAAGAGUGAGUGACGGAAUCCUCUUGAGUCUUACCAGGUCUUUGUGAAAUCCUGUCAAAGUACAUACACUACUAUCUGACGGAAUCUAUCACAUUAGACCAGAGAAGAAAAGGGAUAAAAGGAUUAGAGAGUCGGAGAUAGAGAAAGAAGGGAGAUGAGGGAGGUUCUUUCUUCCUCUGUUGGCUGAAAUAUUUGUCAUUUUCUUUUCAUUUUGAAGCUUUUUCUGAAGUCUACUUCUCCACCCGUAUCGAUGCUCUCCGUCUUUUAACUUCCCAAGGAUACGAUAUAAGUAUUUCCCUCCUUUUUAUCUUUGUCUGGUUUCUGAAAACCAUUUUGAUUUGGCUUCAAGGAGAUAACAACAGCAACUGAAGAAGAAACUAGGUUUUUUUUCUUAAUCUUUGAAUUUAUGCGAUGCCAAUAGACGAGAAUUUGUUGGACGAUAUCAUUAGGCGUCUUCUCGACGCAAAGACUGCCCGGGCGUCGAAGCAGGUCCAACUCACCGAGGCCGAAAUCCGGCAGCUUUGCACCUCGUCCAAGGAGAUUUUUGUCAACCAACCCAAUCUCCUCGAGCUCGAAGCCCCCAUAAAGAUAUGUGGAGAUAUUCAUGGCCAGUAUUCUGAUCUCCUCAGGCUUUUCGAGUAUGGUGGGAGCCCACCAGCUGCAAACUAUUUGUUCCUGGGAGACUAUGUUGACCGUGGUAAGCAGAGCAUAGAGACCAUUUGCCUUCUCCUUGCAUACAAAAUCAAAUAUCCAGAGAACUUUUUUCUUCUUCGGGGCAACCAUGAAUGUGCUUCCAUCAACCGUAUUUAUGGGUUCUAUGAUGAAUGCAAGAGAAGGUAUAAUGUCCGCCUCUGGAAGACUUUUACAGAUUGCUUCAACUGCCUGCCAGUGGCUGCUCUUAUUGAUGAGAAGAUCCUGUGCAUGCAUGGAGGAUUAUCUCCUGAUUUGAAAAACUUGGAUCAUAUCAGGAAUAUUGCUCGCCCUGCUGAUGUGCCUGAUCAGGGACUUCUCUGUGAUUUGCUAUGGUCUGAUCCUGAUAAGGAUAUCCAAGGAUGGGGUGAAAAUGAUAGAGGUGUAUCUUAUACGUUUGGACCUGAUAAGGUCAGCGAAUUCCUUCAAAAACAUGACCUUGAUCUCAUUUGCCGUGCCCAUCAGGUUGUAGAAGAUGGUUAUGAGUUCUUUGCAAGAAGACAAUUGGUGACAAUAUUCUCAGCUCCAAACUAUUGUGGGGAGUUUGAUAAUGCCGGUGCCAUGAUGAGUGUGGAUGACUCAUUGACAUGUUCUUUUCAGAUACUUAAACCCGCUGAUAAGAAAGGAAAAUUUGGCAGCAACAUGUUGAGACCUGGAACACCACUACACAAGGGUAAGGGUUGAUUGAUCAGUUGUACUGUUGAGGCACGAUACUUGUCGGAGCGCGUACACAAUAAUGCUUCGCUGUUUACCAUAUUCCCUUACUUUGUUUUUCCGCUAAGCACAGAGUUAAUCUGUUUAUCAUUUCUCCCAUUAAUGGAAGAACAAGAUGGAUAGGUGUGUACAAGGCUGAUGAGCAUCAUAUCGUGUUAUUUUUCUUUCCUUGUUGGUUUCCCGUAUGUAUGUUAGAAUUUAAUAUGACACUUUAUUAACACAGUAAUUGGGAAAGUGCACUGUGCACCAUCUUACAUAAAACUGCUCCAAGCUUCUUUUUAA